AUGGCAGCUUGUGUUACAGCCUCAGUUGAAAGUUUGGCGACGGUGAUAAUGCUACACAUUUGCGCGCAACUAGAAAUCAUCGUGCAUCGCUUGAAGUCACUUCCUCUAUUACAGGAAAAAAAUGAUUCUGAAUCCAUAAAAUAUGAGCGUGAGUCCGAGCUCAUAAAAGAUUGCGUUAAUCAUCAUAUUCACACAUACAUGCUCGGAGAAAAAUUGAACGAGUCAUUUGGCCCCAUCAUUUUCGUACAAUCUAUUUCCUCAAUGAUAGCCUUGGGGGCGGUUAUCUAUCCAAUGUCCAAAUUGAGUACGAGUGUAUAUGAUCUAAGUACUUGGAGACUAAUAUUGACCUUCUUGUCUGCUCUAGGUCAAAUAUUUCUCUACUGUUUUUAUGGCGAUAAAAUAACGGAAAAGAGCAUGGCUAUUGCAGGAGAAGUUUACCAGAUAGAUUGGAUCGAAACAACACUUAAAACAAAAAAAAACCUUACUUCAAUUAUGGUACGUGCUGGAAAACCCAUAAAGUUGACUGGCUUAUCAAUUAUCAUUAUGACAAUUGGCACAUUUUUCAAAAUAAUUAAAACUGCUUAUUCUGCUUACAAUGUAUUGAAGAGAACUUAG